UCCUCUACAACAUCAACACCGAGGAGUCCAGAAUCGGCCUGCACAAUGGUUGUGACAGCAAGCAGGGGGUGAGGGAGCGAACAGAGUGGUUGUCCCCUCAUUUGAGAUCUCUGAUGAUCAAUGUAGUUGCUACUGUCAGUUCUGGAAACGUGCCGUUGAAUGUUGUUCAGUUGUUGUGGGUUAACCUAAUUAUGCAUACUUUGGGUGCCCUUGCAUUGGCGACAGAACCACCUACAAACCAUCUUAUGGAGAGACCCCCAGUAGGGAGAAGUUGAUAUGAUUGUUCAACAUAUCCGUACAAAACUUCGUCAGCAUGACUUGUGCAAAAUCUAUCCAAAUGUUCAUGUUGUUCAAUCAACUUUUCAGAUCCGAGGAAUGCAUACUCUUAUCCGUGAUAGGGACAUCACCACACCUGAGAUUGCCUUGGAAGAGCAGGAUAGAAACCCACCUUUUGAUAUCGGUUCAUAUGGGGAGCAAAUACUUGACACACUUUCAUCAAGAACUAACAAUACAGGAACUGCAUCUUUUAGUGAGAUUGUUAGCGGCAGACCAAAGUUUGAGAUUGCCAGAACGUUCUCUGCCCUUCUCCAGCUGGUGAACAGCAGAAGUGUUGAUCUGGAUAAAGGAAAAGCCACGAAUGAGUUGGUGUGUUACACAGCAGAGAAUCCAUUUCAUGUAAGGCUUAUUGGUCCCAACCGGAGGCCAGAAAUGGAGGCACGCUUUGCUCGGAAGAGAGUCAAGUCCCCACUGCAAAAUGCAGGCAAAGUCCGUGAGUCCUCCCUGGCACAACAUGAGUGUCCCAACAAGCCUUUGUGUAAAAAUGGCAAGAUUACAGUCACGACAGCAACCAAGCUGACGCAAGAUGGGAAACGAAGGCGAAGGUCAUCGGCUCACCUAAUGCAGCCGAUCAAUCUGGAAUCCAGCGGAUGAACGCCAGUGCACACUGAUUCUUCUAAUUAUUGUAACUUCAGUGGCGGCUUCAUGGGCAGGAUGAUCCUGUAAGUUAUGACAUAGGCGUAGCUAGCGGGUGUAUAUGUACAGUUCAACUGUAAUGCUGACAUGGCAAGAUUUAUUCGACGGAAUUGCCCUUUUAUAGCAUUUGCUAUUGUUAGAUUCAUUUCUAAUCCAAUAAACUAACACGAUGCCAAGUCUGUUGUAAACUGGUGCCUAGCUGUAUCGAUGCCUUCCGCAAUUUGAGAUUUAUAUAUUACGCAAAAAAAAUUUCAGAAAA